AUGGAAUCGAUUUUCCUAACCCCAGACUUUGAUAGGUGUAAAAACUAUCGGCUUUUCAAGAUAGAUGCCGCAUGGCUAAAGAACUUGAAAGUCGAUGGUAACAUUGUUUCCUCUGUGUGUGCACGGACUAGGAGUAAACGCCAACGUUCUCCCGAGCCGGAUGCGGGGGAACCACGGAUGUUCUUAUGGGCCAAAGGUGGUCACUCUCUCAUAGCUUGUGACGCGGCACAAACACUGAUGGUACGGCGGGUUGAGUACUCCAACUCUAUUUUGGUUGCAAGGCGCCGACAUUAUCCUAAGAAAACAACGGUAGUAACUUCAUCAGAUGAACCAAAGGCUGAAUCUACGCCGUUGAAAAGCAAUGCGAGCAUCAUCGUAGCUUCACUUUCGCGCAUUUUCGAGACACACCCGAUAAGGCCACACCAUUGCACACACACACUUCUCGCGAAUUCAUCACUGACAUUAGAAGAAAUGGAGAUAGGUACAUGCGAAUCGAUUGAUCGAGAAAUUCUGAACGAUGAAAGGACUCCUAGUGGGAGGAGUCCCUGUACGUAUCUAACAUUUAUCGACCUUGUGCGAGCUAAUGAUUGCAGCCCCAAAGAGCUGGCUGCUGUCCUUGGAGCGAUGGGUGCAGUUGUCCACCGUGGCUACGUGCGGUUGCUAGAUCGCAAAAUUUUAGACGAGGCACUAGAGGCUAUUUUGACAUACGUUGAUGCGGAGGAUGAGGCCCUCACAUGGGAUCAGUUGGCGGACUACUUUGCCUCCGUGUAUCCCCGUAUUGUGUUACAGGUCGUGCGUGCUGUGUACGGCGCAUCCACCGCGACGGUUGAAAGCGAUGGAAUUAGUGACGUGGCUGAAGGGGGGCUGCCGCUGCACGAGAAGUGGUCUUCGUUCAGCCUUCCGAAGGUUCUGUUAGGUCUGGCAGGCGGUGUCUUUGAAACUGACCCGUCGGCGUCACCAGAGGAGGUGGAACCAGGAGUGUUGGCGAUCCGGAUGACCUUUGAUUCGUUCUGGGAUGCUUGGAAGCGUCGCAUCCCUGUCGCGUGGCCGGGAUACGGUGGGCUGCCUUCAUGGGGUGAGGAUCCCCAAAAAGCCCUCGCGUUGCUACGGGGUCAUGUUGUAUGUUACCAAAGUUCUCCGACGAGCUAUCGCGACGCAAAGGUUUGGUGGUUGCCGGAGUAUCUUCUUCCGCAGAGCAUCAAGGCGCGCGUUGAUCUACUCUUUAGGCUGUCACCUCAGAAGUGGGACGCGGAGUCUAUGCGAGCCUUUAUCGAGCCCUUACUUGGUGAGGGUCAAUCCUUCACGAAUAUAAUAGUUCGUUAUGCGAGGGAGUAUCGAAUACCAGGUGAGCCACUUAUGUACUUCCAUCUGACCACGUAAAUUGUUAUGCAUACUCCAAUUUCAUUGUCCAUAUU